CACCCUCUCUGGAAGACUUUGAGAAUUUCGUACAUGUUCCCCUUCGACUCACCAACAUCGAUCUUUGCGCGGGCUACCUCAGCAACGCUUUUUUUCAAAACAUUUCACUUUCAGUUAAAGCUGUCCAUCAUGGCCAGCUUCUUCGGUCUCUUAUGCGAUCUGUCAUCGUAGUCGGCAAACACCGUCCCCCAGUAGCUCGUCCAAAGUAUAACUCUAUCAUCAAGCUAAUCGCUCAAAUCACCAUCUGCUCCAUGUGGUUUCCGGCGCUCAACGCGAUAGUAUCUGCUCUCAACUCUUUCACUCAAAAGGAAGCUGCUCCUCUGCAAAAAAAUCAAAAGACUCAGACAUUCAACAGUAUUGGGCAACGAUGCUUUACACAGUUAAACGGCGGAUGGAAAUGAGGGACAACAUGACAUACAUUCUCCGAUGUAAUAAUCCCGAGUGUUCCGUGACGGGAUUAGAUGCCCUCAAGCGAUGUACUGCGUGCAUGAAUAUGACCGUAUGUUCUACGAGUUGCCAGAAACGGGAAUGGAACAAUGGCCACAAGCAAAGAUGUCGCUAUCUGAGAGCGUCUCUCCCUACUACGAUGCGCGAGGAGGACGAGUACUUCCUGAAUUGUGUAAUCAAAGCGGAAUUCCCCCGUGAACAUCUGAUGGAUCCCGCGGUCGUGGCGCGCAUGACGAAGGGGAAUGAACAAUACCACGAGCCGAUGGUCAUGUGUAUAGAUUAUCGUUGCAUUCCCUGCGUCUGUGUAUUCGUGCCCGUCUCUCUCUGCCCCAAUGUCGGGCAGGAUCUGAUAGACAAGCGGGAUUUAAACAAGGACACCAGUUUUAUCCUCCAAACUACGCUUCCUUUAGCUCGUGGUGGACUGACUGUUACCCAAGUUGUGGAGAAUUUCGAUCUUAGUACAAUACGCGUCGUCUAAAUUUUUUGCCAUUCCCAAGGUCUGACUUGUAGUAG